UUGUGUUAGAUUAUCCCUGAAAGCUUACCGCGUGCAAGCCCAAUUUGAAAAUAUGUUAACCAUGCGAUUUUGCGCGCCAAAGAACCCACUGGGAGAAGAAGAUAUCGCUGCAGCUCGUGUCAAGAUGUAUAAGCAGUAUUAGCAACAGCCACAACGAUAACGAACAUUGCCGGGGCCCAAGAGCCCCACGCGCAGGAUAAAUUUGCACAGGCUUCAGCUUUAGCUCCAGAGCAGCCAGACAGCCGAUGUGACCCAGUUAAGGCAUAUUUAGCUGGCCAAGGAGACACCAAUCCCAACCACUACUCCUCGACUCCUCGACUCCUCCACUCCAUCAGCGAGCCAAGGAAACGGGAAUCGCAAGUCGCGAAUCGCGGAACGCGGAACGCACAACGCGGAACGUAGAGCGUUCCCGGACACAGCGUGUCACGGCGCAAGGAUUAUCAAUUUGGUUGGCAUUUUAAUGGAGUUGGCCACGAUGCGACGCGGCCUGAUCCUCGUCUGGGCGAUGGCUAUGGCGUUGCUCGUCUGUUUGCCGGCUGCCAGCGGGGAGGGGCCUGAGCCUGGGCCAACAUCAAUAUUAAAGAGCAGCGGGAUAAAUGGCCAGACAUUUCAAAGAACUCAAUCAAAGCGCGAGGCGACAGCUAAGGCAUCGCCGGCAUUAAUUUCGGCGACAACGCAAAUGACCCAGGCAAAUGGGGGGAGUCCAACAGCGAUUGGGAAUACAAUAGCUGCAGCUUUGGAUGCAGCUUUGGAUGCAGCUCCUCCAGCCACCAACGAUGUCAUCAUUAAUAACAUUAACAACAAUGGAUCGAAGCAGGCCACAGCCGCAGCCGCAGCCGCUGCCACAAUGGCCACUGUGACCGCUGCCCUGGAGGCGAAUCUUAUUAUGAGCAAUCGGAAUAUCCAGCAGCAGCAAUUGCCGGAGCACAACUAUAGAAUCACACACGGAGACAACAAUGCCACAACCAUGACUGCGGCUGCCACAGCCGUAGGAAUGUCUGCGAAUGCAUCUGCCACCGCAAUAACAGAGCCAGCAACGACAGCCCCAACGACAACGACGACAACGAGGAGAACAACACGCAGGCCAGUGGCAACAACAACGCUAAGGCCGCCACCAACAAUAGAUGAUUACCAGACAAUAAUUAGCCAGGCCGGGACCCAUGCCUAUCUGCCAUGCAACGUCAAACAGCUGGUGAAGAAGCCCAUCUCCUGGCUACGCAUGCGGGACGGCCACAUACUUACGGUGGAUCAGACUACGUUCAUUGCGGAUCAGCGGUUCCAAUCGGUCUUCUCACCGAAUCCGGAGAGGUGGUCUUUGCAGAUCAAGUAUGUUCAGGUCAAGGAUGAGGGCACAUACGAAUGUCAGGUGUCCACGGAGCCCAAAGCCAGUGCUAUUGUUCAUCUAAGGAUUGUGGAGCCGAAAACCGAAUUAAUUGGCGAGUCGACGCGCCAUGUGAAGGCCGGAAGUCAAGUGAAAUUGCGUUGCAUAAUUAGCCAGGCACUGGAGCCGCCGCUUUUCAUUAAUUGGUUUUACAAUCAGAAGCAAAUCUAUUUGCAUAAUCGUCGCGGUUGGCGUACGGAAAUUGAACGGAUCGAUCUGCCACCGGAAGUGGCAACCACCACAACAACAACGACAACGACAACCACUACAACGACUACGGCUCAAACGACGACAACAACCGUGGCAGCAUCAGCAACAGGAGCUGCCACAUCAUCGGAGUCUUCUAAUGGUUUGGGUACCAUAACCCGCUCAUAUAUAUUAGAUGCCAUAUCCCUGAAUGAUGUGGCUGGAGUUGGAGUCGGAGUCGGAACCGGGACUGGAGCUGUCAGUGAAAUGACAACGGCUCCGGCAGUGGCUGAUGGAGGAUUCGAUAUUGCAACAUCUUUGGCUGCUGGUGCUGGGGCUGCCACACCCACAACAGCAGCCUCCGUGCUCACCUUGGUAUCCACAGCAACCACACAAGAUGGUGUUGCAUCCACAGCAGAUACCACAGCAACAACAACCACUGGGCUGCCAAGCACAGAGACGGCAACGGCAGCAGAAGAGGCAGCAGCAACAACGGUGAUGACUACAACAAUGCUGCCAAGCAGCAGUUUCAUUAAACAGAUAACGACGGCAUCUCUCAUCAUUCCGGCGGUGGUGAAGCUGGAUUCCGGCAACUACACUUGCAGCCCCUCAAACAGUGCGCCCCGCACCAUUGUGCUCCAUGUGCUAAACGGUGAAUAUUCCGCCUCGGCCAUUAAGUCGGGGAGCGUCAGCUGGAGAGUGCUAAUUGGAUGUCGGGGCUAUUUGCACUGGCGGAAUGUUUCAACGCUUCUGACACUUUUGUGGAUUAUUAAAUUUGUGCUGGCCAUGGAAAUCUGCCAGUUGAGAGCCAACAAAGCCACCGCAACAAGGACACCCAUCAUCAGCUGCCUCCGGAGCAGCAGUGAGCGGACUCUGGGUACGAACAUAGACCAGGUCUGCCGCUCAAUCAGCGGCACAAAAGUGGCCGAGGACAAGACCUGAGUCGCGGGUGCUACUCACCUCGAAUUUUAUGCUAUAAAUGAGGCUAUGAAUUAAGAUUUUAUUCGAUGUAUUAUCCCCAGAAAAAGACAUAAGGACAAAAGACAGACAUUCAUCCCGAAAUGCAAUGCAUACCAAAUAGCUCCAUGAAUUAUAUGAAUACAUAUACAAUUAAUAAUUGUUUGCCGUGUGAAUGUAAAUGAAUGUUUAAGAUCAAUAUUUCUGGUGCCAGGCAUAUCGUAUAUUUCGAUUUAAAAUUUUCAAGAAUUGUGUA